UACGGUGGAAGAGGAGAGAAAGAGACAUACAAUCGCUGUGGAACUGAAGGGCAUCCACGCACGUCACUACGGAGCUGGCUCCAGCUAACAUAGUGCUCGGGAGAGAACUGCGCCUGCCAUGUGACCUGUUGUUCGGAGCUUUACCUGAGGAAAAACGAGCCACCAUCGGCUACACGACAUCCACAACUACGCCAACCAACAUCUGAAGCUGGUCAGCGACAAAAUGGAAACGCGCAACGGCCGUCUGUCUAGCCCCGCGGGCUACCAGGAGGGCUACAAGUAUGGCUGUAUCAGCCAGCCUGCACCGCACCAGAGGAGAUUCACCGAAGUUUCGACCCUCAUGAGAGGGCCCAUACAGACUGUUGAGGAAGGGAAGGAAAGCCGUGAGCGCCGUGAGUGACUCGGCGGCAGAGGCGGAGUGGGGCUGAGUGGUGCAGUUGAGUACCAGGCAGCCAACCAGCGUUAGUAGCCAUUAGUAUCUGCUCAAACGACGGUCAGCGAAGGUUGUGGGAUAUGGUGAAGCACGAGGAAAACCACGUUGUCGGGAAUCCCAAACAAGAAGGGACCUCAGCUGUACCUCCAGAUGGUGGCACCAGAGCAUGGCUUGUAAUGAUCGCAAGUUUCCUUUGCAAUGGAAUUCUGUUCGGAGUCAUUAAUACCUACAGUGUUAUCUAUGUGGACUUGCAAAAAAAGUUGGAAGAUAAAGGCGUCGCCGAAGCAUCUUCGAAAGCAUCACUUGUUGGAUCCCUUGCAAUUGGAUCAACAUUUUUCUUCUCUCCUCUUGCUGGGAUCAUCACAGAUAAAAUUGGAAUCAGAUGGACAACAUUUGUUGGUGGUGCACUGGCUUCAGGGGGCAUGCUACUCUCGUCUUUUUCCAAUUCAGUGGAGUUUCUGUACCUGACAUAUGGAAUUCUCUUUGGUGUUGGUGCCUCACUGGCAUACACACCAUCUCUUGUGAUUCUGGGACACUACUUCAAGAGAUACUUGGGGGUGGUGAAUGGAUUUGUAACGGCAGGAAGCUCUGUUUUCACAAUUAUCAUGCCAUAUGCCUUGGCAUUUCUGCUCAAGAAACUGAGACUAGAGGCCACUAUGAUGUGCAUGUCAGCUCUGAUAGCGCUUAUCAUGGCCUGUGCUCUGUUGUUCAAACCCUUACCAGGAGGUAGUACUCCCCCACCACCAGAUCACUCAACUAGACUUUAUAAACACAGUGUUUGGAGACGUGUAAUAAGUGUCAUCAAUGUCGAUAUAUGGAAGAAGAAGAAGUAUGUUAUCUGGACUCUUGCAGUACCUUCAGCACUGUUUGGAUAUUUUGUGCCAUAUGUACACAUGUUGAAGAUGGUUGAAGAUAAUUUCAAGAAUGGAGAUGGAAAGGUUCUUGUCAUGUGUCUAGGCAUCACGUCAGGCCUAGGAAGAUUGAUAUUUGGAAAAAUUGCAGACAUUCCUAAAGUGAACAGGAUAUUUUUACAGCAGGUAUCUUUCAUCUCAAUUGGAGUGCUAACUAUGCUGUUGACUAUAACAAACAGUUUUGAACUCCUAAUUGUGAUAUCACUAUUUAUGGGGCUGUUUGAUGGCUGCUUUAUUAGCCUUCUUGGCCCAAUCGCAUUUGAAAUCUGUGGCCAGAAAGGAGCAACUCAAGCAAUCGGUUUUCUGCUUGGUUUAUGCUCUAUUCCUCUAACAGUGGGACCACCAAUAGCAGGAUUGAUAUACGACCAUACAAAAUCCUACACACUUCCAUUCCUACUAGCAGGAAUUCCGCCUAUUGUAGGGGCCCUCAUGCUCUUCCUGAUACGUUGCGUUCCAGAGAAAGAUAACUGUAAAAGAUAUCCAUCACUGUGUGUAGUGGAAUCACCUCUGCAUGACCCAACUAUUACACCACUUCAGAAUGAUGUCGGAAAUGGUGAUGAAGGUACAAAACUCUCUCCUCUUACAAAUGGAGUUUGCAGCAAGUCUGCAUCACCACCUCCGAGCUACAAGGAAGCUAUGGCAGAUGAAGGAACUGUAGGUGAUGAAUCAAGCUCUGACAACCGUCAAAAAUCUGAUGAACAACAAGAAGUGGGAGAAGAAGAGAUACAAGAAGAGUCAGAGUCCCUCUUGGAUGCCAUUAACAAAAUAACAUUAAUUAAAUCUUGUUAACAGUGUCUACAGAGUAAUUAUUUAUAUGCACACUUACCUGAUAGUUGCACAACAAUUAUGGAAUAUGAAGGCAUCUAUGUGAAUGAUUUAAUGCUCUUGAAGACUGCAGCUUCAGUAGCCUUGCCUGGCUGAAUUAAGUAAAAUUUUGUGCCUACCCAGAUGCUUUGCCUGUUGGGAAUUGGAUAUUAAACCCAACUAGUUUGGCAGUAGUUGCAGGGAAUAGUAAAACUCUUAAUAUUUAAAAUACCAGUGUGUGGUAUCUUUGAAAUAUGUAACAGGGUCACUAGAAGGAGAUGCCUUUUAUGUGAGGAGGUUACAAACAAUACAAGAGCAUUCUAAAUUAGGUUGCACUUUAGAACAAUCAUAUCUUCAAAACAAUGGGACACUAAUAUGAAACAAUGUCCCAUCUUAACCAUGGCUACAGCUGCAAAAAUCCUUCCUUGAAGUUCAUCAGGAGUUGUGGUAGGGGGGGCCACUACACUUGGUUCUUGAUAUGGCCUGACAGGAAAAUAUCUGGCACAGUCAGAUGAAGUGACCAAAGGCACCAGUCUGUGAGCCUUGCUUGAUCAAUCUAUGCACUGGGGAAGACUGUGUGAAGGUAGGCCCUUACCUCCAUAUGAAAAUGUGAUGGAACAUUGCCUAGCUGAUAGAUGGCACUUGCCUCAAACAAAUUAGCAUCUUACUGUGGCUGAGGCACAAGAAAUUCCAUUUUACUUCAGAACUGUUGUCAUUGCUCUAUGUGACCAAGAGGAGAGCUGACCUCGUGAAUGAAAGCUUCCCUUUUCUACCAGUACAGUCCACUUUCUUUCUUGUGUAUAACUACUGAUUUCAGAGAUCUGCUUAUUCGAAAGCACAGUAUAGUAUAGAAAGAUCUUGUAUAACACUAAAAAUAUCUUAAUACACAUCCCACUCUGAAUUUAAAAUAUGACCAUGUCAGAAUGGUUAUUCCAAGCAGUGUCUAUGAAAAUGUACCUGACACACUAUAUUUUUAUUGCCUUUGAGCAUGUGUACAUAAAUAUCAAAUGUUAGAUUGCCAUAUUGUCCUGGAUAUUGUCUUGAAGGGGAUAGAUAGGAUGUUCUUUAAGGAGACAAACUUAUUUUAAUGACAUUAAAUGUAAUACAUUUUAAAAUAAUGUAUAGCUUUUAGAUGUAAUUUUCUGGGUAUGCCUAAUACAUACCCAAAUAUAAAGGUAAAUAAACAGUGGAAGUGCAAAUUUAUUGUGAGUUUUUACAAAAUAAGCACAAAUCAGUUAGGCAUAUCGUUUCAAUAAAUGUGGUCCACUGAUCUUCCAAAAUGGCUUCAUUAUGUCAGAAUAAAAUUGUUACACUUUCCAGAUGUGCUUAUUAAUGUAUUUCAUAACCUCAAUACACAUUAAAAUCAAGGAACACCCAGAAUAUGCAUUAUCAGCAACACUCAUUCACCCUCCAGUGAAUAUUUACACCAAUCUGUAAACUUUCCUCUGGCUCAUACAGUUAUUGUCAUACUGAAAUAUUAUUGCAUAAGUGUAUUAGUUUUCACACCUGACUGCAAAGAUUUGAUUACACAGUGUUGGCCUUUGGUGCAAUGUGGUAUUGGAGCAGACAUUUUAAGGGUGUUGCCAUAUUAACAGUGCUCAGAAAAUAGUGUGAUACAAGUUGGUUCAAAGGGGAAAGUUUAAGCUUCAUAUACAUGUAUGCAUUUAAUAUGUUAUCAUGUAGAGGAUAGGCUUGUAUAAAAGAUACUUCUUGUACAGUGGUCUCUUACAUGAUAAGGGCAGUUAUGUUUUUUAUACUCAAAACAUUUCUGUGUUGAAAAAUGAUGUGAAUAUUUCAGUGGUGUCUGUGGUAGUGAUUUCAGAACUUCUACAUAUGAUUCAAUGCUUUUUAAAAUUAAGCUUUUGUACAUAAGAAUACUUUAAACAGUGAGCAAUACUUGAACUUAUUUUUACUAUAGUAUGUUAUAUGUGGGUAAGAUUUUUGCUUAGAAUUGUUAAAGCUGUACCUAAUUUUAUUGUAAGUAUAAAAUUUAGUCUGAGUCUGAAAUGAACUUUUUGAUGCAGUACUUAUCAAAUUUCUUGCACAUGGUCCUCUGCUUAGCAAAUAUAUAAAUAUGUUACUGCAUAAAAUUCCAUCAUUGUUGUAAAUAAUACCUCUACAAAUACUCUGAAUAUCAAAACUGCUUACAUCACAAGUUGUUGUAAUGACUAUUAAUAUGCAUAUACAUAUAAUUGUGUUAAGAAUUAUUGCAGUAUGAAAUGAGAUUACUCUGUUGUGUCCUAUAUUAAUGAAUGACUGUAAAGUGGCAAUAACUAUUUGAAACUUGAUUUCUCUAGGCCUGUAUACAAGUAGCUCAAUGUUGAUUUAAGAGUAGGGUAAAUAUUUUUAUUUUUAUGCAGUCUUUGCAAAAAGUGCAUAAUGUAUGCAUAAUGGGGAGAUAGUGCCUGUGCUCCAGUACUACUUUAUGAAUGUAGGUAUAUAUCAGUUGAACAUAGCCUCUAGUUUACAUGAAACUGAAAUCAAACUUUGUUCAUUUGCUAAGAAAAAUUUGAUUGUCUCACAAAAAGACCAGAAUAUAUCAUGAAGUACCAUGCUAUACCUCAUUAAAGUUUACAACUUUUAUAUGAAACACGUUUUAGUGCAAUGAAUAUGUAAUGAAAUACAAAGAAAAAAUAUAAAAUAUGACUGUGGAAUGUGAUAUCUAUAGUGAGAAUUGUUUUGCAGUAUAUCUGUAUACAAAAAAUGAACAUCAAUUCAAAUGAAAUAUGCCUGGGGGGGUAUACUUUCAACUAUUUGAUGUUACUUGCAAUUCCUGCAUUUGCCUGAAGGAAUUAAGAAAACAAAUUGCUGAGAAUAAUUUAUCUUUACAGAAACACAUGGAAUGCUGUAAAUGUACUUAAAAGAUGAAGAACAUAAGUUCUUUUUCUUCUUCAGCUACUGGAUAUAGGAAAUAUACCCAUUAAUUUUCAAAAGAUAUGAAUUAUGAGACAUCGUCAUUUUCAUACUUGGGACAUCCUCCAUUUUUACAAAGGCAUUUACAUUGCAUGAAAAAUGAUGACUGAGGUCUUGUUAUACAUGCUUAAAUUUUUGAUCUAUAUUUGUACUUUCAUAGUUUGGAACGCAGAAAUUAUAGAUUAUCAGUGUGAACAAUUUGAGAAUAACUGCUAUAUAGGCUUGGUGCUGGAAUAAACAAUUCAUUUCCUAAUGGAGAUGUCAGACAAUAAGAAAAAUGGCCAAGCAGUUCGGCUCAAGCAGUAACACUACUGGUUUGUGUUCAGGAGAUGCCCAGAUCAUAUCAUCCCUAUGGAAUGUACUGUUAUGACUGAUGUUUCUUAUGGUUUUACUCAGUCCCUCCAGACAAAUUCCAACGUAGUACCUCAAAUGGGACAGGUCCUGUAUUUUCUUUUACAUCCUUUCCAAUUCAUAAUUUGCUAAUCAUUCUCCCAUGUGUUGCUGUAUAGUCUGAGCUACUGACAGCAUUGUUAAAUAAGUAAAUAAAUAAAGAUUAAGGCUGGUAACAGUUUC